CCCUUAAAUGGCAAACAAGAGGAAAAUGUCAUAACCAGGGUGGCGUGUCUGUAAAGACUAUAAAAGUCUCAUGAUCCUGCUCAGCCCUGUACGCUCACAUUUGACUCUUCUAGCUGCUUCACUGCCGGGCCAUCAGGUCACCAGAAUGAGUACUAAGAAGUCCCCUGAAGAACUGAGGAAUAUUUUUGAAAAAUAUGCAGCCAAAGAAGGUGAUCCGGACCAGCUGUCCAAGGAAGAGCUGAAGCUAUUGAUUCAGGCUGAAUUCCCCAAUUUACUCAAAGGUCCAAACACCCUAGAUGACCUGUUUCAAGAAUUGGACAAGAAUGGAGAUGGGGAAGUUAGUUUUGAAGAAUUCCAACUGUUUGUAAAGAAGAUAUCCCAGUGAAGGAAAAAAUGAAAAAUUAUUCCUGACCCCAAAGGAAGAGCACAUGGGCUGGGCCUACCCUAUGUGGCAUCGCCAAUGUCUUGGUUUAAAUCUUUGCAAUGGUAAUGAUCCAGCUAUGAGGUGCAAUUAUUUCUAAUAAAGAAAUUCUUAGACAUGC